GUUGCCAUGGAGAGCGUUGCCAUGUGACGCUUUUUGAUAGCCAGCAAACGCAGCGGCCCCGCUCGAGACGAGAGGAGAGACAUGGAGGACAACUUUCCGCUCGGAGAGGUUGGCUCGGUAAAAAAUGUUGCAAAGUCUGGACGGAGAGCUCGCCUCGCAGCAGACCAACCAUCGUUUGAAGAUUCUCGUCCCGUGAGGAAGUCCUCUGCGUCUGCUUCUGUGGGAGAAGGUCCUCCUCCGAAACCGGCGCGGCGGCAGGGUGGCUGGGCAGAAGAAAGCUCUGGGUCUGGUUCUGCCAAAUCUUCAAGAAGACCUGCAGCUGAAGACCUGGAAGACCGACGCCUGCGACCACAAACUCCCCCGGGAUCAGAUGAUGAAGGAGAUAUUCCCGUGAUUCCAGACCUGGAAGAAGUGCAAGAAGAAGAUCUAACGAUGCAAGUCGCAGCUCCGCCAAACGUCCAGGUGAACCGGGUGAUGACCUACAGAGAUCUGGACAACGAUCUGAAGUAUUACUCUGCCUUCCAGACCUUAGAUGGAGAGAUCGACUUGAAGCUCCUCACCAAGGUUCUCGCACCAGAACAGGAGGUGAAGGAGGAUGAUGUGAGCUGGGACUGGGAUCAUCUGUUUACAGAGGUGUCCUCCGAGCUGCUGAUGGAAUGGGAUCAAGGAGAGACCGAGGAGGCGGCCGCAUGAGGAGGAGCUCUGGUCUGUGACUUUAAAUGGCUCCAGGGAGAACUGGGCGAAUGUCUAUUACACAUGGAGCCAGUGACUUUGGUUAUAGCGACUUUAAUUAGGGCCCUCGCAGCGACCACGAAGUCGUAUCCACAAUGUAUAUAUCUCAAAGUGUAAAGACAGUGUUUCUUGUGUUUUUUAAAUAAAGUUCACGGUGCAGUGAAUAAUGGGGCUUUGUCUUCUCACCCGUCUUUUCUUGGGGUGUUGGAGCGAGUUUGGUAAUUCA